AGUGGUAAACGGCUAUAAGAAUGAACAGAUGGCUGGUGCUGACGGCAUCCAGGCAUUGCACAAACGUAGCAAACGUCUGAAUGACGCAGGGUCAAUAAGAUAUAGCAUUCCUAAAUGCAUCCCUGUCAAGAGUGUUACUGAUGAUGCUGAAGCAGCUUUGCAGCAGCUGCACACGCAGCAGCGUACACUAGAGGAUAACCUAGCAAGCGUACUCCGCGUGAGGGAGCUUGCAAAUUGGUACACUUACAUAGAUGGAAUGAUUGUAGAUGGACCCGAAUCUGCAAAAAUUCGAAUUCAUAAUCUUGUGGCAGAACAGUUUAAUAAACUUGAUACAGAUAUCAAGGAGGCAAAUUCUUCUCCGGUAAAAUCAAAGUCAAGGACCGAUGUAGCAGAACAUGUGUCAAGGAGUAAGGCAGCAGGAAAAACAAGUGUUAAAACUAAACCAGUUGGAAAUAAAAUGAAGCCAUCAUCUAUGAGCUCAGCUGGAGACAAACUAGUCAAGCCAACUGUCAGGAGUAAAACGACACGAAACCUUGAGCAUGAUACCAGGAAAAAGACCAUUCCUCAACAGAUGAGAGCAGAGUCAUUUACAACACUACAAUCUAGACCAGAGGCUAAAGUUCAGCCAGUGAACAGCUACCACAGAUCAAGUGUGAGACAACCAUAUCUACGCUGGGGAUCUAGUCAAUGGCAGAUGCACCUACCACAAAUCAUGCCCUCACAUUUUGAAGGCAUAGAAAUGAAGUCAGCGAAGGUCCAAACGUCUGAGCAGACGUCACUGGAUGACCUACAUGACGGGGAUGAGCGAGUCUCGCCUCAGCAGAAGACUUUCCGGCCACAGAGCGAGACGGAUCAACCGAUACCCGCUGCCAUAUCGCUCGGCAUCACGCGGACGCCACCUUCCUCCUUCACAGCUUCACAAGGCUCUGCUUCCACACCGCUAACACGGACCCCAGCCACUCUGGGCACCAUGAUGUCUGGGGCGGUGGUAGACGACAGUCGAAGGCAAAGAAACGUUGGUUUCGUAAGCGUAAAAGCGGGCAAGACGAAACCGAGGCUGUCAUUGCAGGUUUUGCCUAACAUAGAAAUCCCAUCGCACAAAGCAGAUGCAUCAAUGGAUCAACCAAAUUACCUGCUCGUGACGGAAAAGGAGGAGGAGGAGGUUAGUGACACAAGCAGCACCGAGGGAGAUGGCGUUCUCCUUCCUGGAUUCCGCCAAACUUCACCGCAGCCACACACUCGGCCUACUCACCUGAUAGAGCCAACAAAGCUGUCACUCCAUGAUCAUCAGCCGCAUGGUCCCUCAUCAGACACUUUGGCCGAAAACCUUCUGCAGAGGAAAUCUGUCGAAGACAAGGCAAAGCAGUGGAUUGAGCAGGAGCUAUUGGCCAGGAUUGUCGGCGAGAUGCGCAAGGCAGACGAUGAGCAGACCCGCCAUGUUGUUGAUGUGGAUGUAGCCGGUAGCUCCAGUGAAGACUCACGCUCGCAUGGAAACACAACCAGAUUCCUGGGAGCUCGGGGUUUGCAGGCAUUUAUUAAUGCAGGAUUGCAAGUCGAUGGAGCUUUGCUCGAAAGCUUACUGAAGGAAGCGAUACUAGAGGAAAUACGAUCACUGUUAGGAGAAAGGCAGUCUCCACAGCCCUCAUUGAUUCCUGCUGCAGAAGACAUCCCCCACACUGAAUCUCCUGUUGCAAUGCCACCUGUGCGUAGUCGCAGCAUUACGCCUGAUGUCACACCAACCCUCUCCCCAGUCUCCUCACACAGUAGUAUUAAGGAAGAAGCAGAAGACAGCCCGACUCCACAACAACAGCCUACACCAGACAAUAGUCGUGUGUCCGAGGAAAUCUUAAAGCCCGGAAUGCUGGCCCUCGAAGAAGCAGAGAGUUCGACAGUAGUGCACACAAGCAGUCCCCCGAUCGCUGCCUCACCCACCCCUACUCCCACACCACUCCCGGCACCCACACCACCACCAACAUCACCACCCUCGCCAGUCCCCAGUGUACCAACACCAUCCCCCCCAUCAGAACCUUCUGUGGCAUCCCCUGUUGCAAGUGAAAGGAGUGAGCUCUCAGUGCCAGACAUCCCAAAUGAAGAAGAGAAUCGGAGUAGAGAGCUGUCUCCUGUUGUUGUCGAGAUGGUGCCACAGACACCUGCUGAAUUUCAGCUCCCUCCCAAGCUUCCUUCACCCGAACCAGAGCCUUCUCCCCCUUCAUCUGCUGCUGAGCAGACGUCAUCCGUUUCAGAGGAAUCGUCGAGCGUCAUUCAGGACAGCUAUACCUCUACCGGUUGGAGCCUGUCGGAGGGAGAGUGGUUACUCGGUGGGUUACACACCAACCUGCACCGGCCUGGCAUGAUGCCAGCGAGCACUGACAGUACGAUGCGUGGAAUAUGGGACAUUGAAGAAGACGAGUUAGAGCCAGGACAGGUGCCACCUGGAAGAAGAGCAGCAGCAGCAGCAGCAGCAGAUGGAUCGAUUGCUUUACUGCUAGCACGCAUUGAUAAGGGACUCAAUGCUACAGUUAGUGAAGAAGCCAGCAAGGGGGAACUAAUGUACAAUUACAGUGCUGGAGAGCUCAGCGUGGCAGGGCGUUAUCUCCCAAUGACAAAUCAUGCAAAAGUGGCACAUGUGCAAUUUGAGCUUCCCACCUCUCCUGGGGAGGUGCCGCAUCAUCAUGGCCUACAGGGCAUGUCAUAUGCUCCCUUGGCCACUUCGGAAUGUCAGGCAGAUGCUGAAGACAACAGCCAACUAGAUGUUGUGAGCGAGGGACAGAAACUUGAAUUGCCACUGCCAUUCCAUGUAAAAACUAUGGACCAUCAGCAAGAUGAUCACAGUGGCAGUGAUGGAGGCAGUGGUGAAGUGAACCCCAUCAGAAAACCCCCAGCAGUUCCAGGAGCAGAGGCAGUCCCAGUUACAAUCCGAAGAAGAAUGAGUGACCAACCGAAUGCGUCAAAAAUUACUGUAACUGCUAUGGACGAUGAUGAUGAGGAAGAAGAUGAUAGCAGUAAUACAAGUAAUAAUCCAGGAAAUAAAGACAUUGAGCACAAUGAUGCCAGCACCAUUUCUGAUCGGCCAACAUCGUCGCGGCUUGAAAUAACUGCACUGGAUGACAGUGACUCGGACGGAGAGGAACUCGCUUACGAAAUUUCAAACGAGGGUGAAAGAUCUGUUUCUAGUGACCAUGCAGGUUACUCUGACCAGAUAGCUGGUCAAUCUCAUGAUGGCGAUGGUACCGGUACCCUUUUAGGGACGCUGCAUAACAUUCCAGAUUUAAUUGACUCCUCCUAGUUAUAAAUGUAUUGUCACACUAGAAUUUGUAAAUAGAAGAGUAAAUUAAUUUUAAGUAGAGUAUUCACCUGCUAUUUCUGCCUUUGUAUGUUGGAUGUAUAUAUUUUUAAUACGUGUUCUUUAUAUAUGCAUUUGAUCAUAAUGAAUAUAGUGGUGUAGAAGUUUUUGUACCAUAUUUUCCUGGUCUACUUAGCUGUCAGAGUAAAAAAUGAAUUUGCAUCCACAGUAUCAGUCUCAGUAUUAUGAGCUAUUGAUAUUCCAAGAUUAUACACCAAUUUUGCACUGCAA